AUGGACGGGUUUGAUGAAGAGGCGUUCAAGAAAUUCUUCCCCACCAGUUUUGGGAAGCAGGAACGCAAAGCCAAUAUCAGCGCUCAGAUCGACCGCACCAAGCGGGCGGAGGUGAAGGUGAAGCUGCCGGAGGAACCCCGUGGCGAGGAGGAUGGCACGGAUCGCGAUAAGGAGGAGGAUGGGGAACAGAAAUUGAAGCAUGAGGAUGACGAUCGCGAUAAAGCGUCAAAGGAUGAAGAUAAAGAUGACAAUGACGACGAUGACGAUGAUGAUGAUGAUGAUGAUGAUGACGACGACGACGAAGAUGAGUUCCCCGUGUCGCACGAGCUCGUGCUCAAGACACACGAACGCGCCGUGACAACAUUGACGGUAGACUCAUCUGGAGCCCGUCUCAUCUCCGGCUCGACCGACUGCACGCUCAAAUUUCAUGACUUUGCCUCCAUGACGCCCACGACUCUCCGCGCGUUCAAAUCGGUCGACCCCAGCGCGAAGAAGCAGUCCGCUGCGCAGGAGACGCAGCCGGUCCACCAUGUCGAGUUCAAUCCUAUCUCACCCAGCCAGGUGCUCGUUGUGCCGGCGACUCCCCAGCCCAAGAUUCUUGACCGCGAUGGCAACGUCCUGACCGAGUUCGUCAAAGGUGACAUGUACCUGCGCGACAUGCACAACACCAAGGGCCAUAUCUCGGAGGUGACGAGUGGCGCUUGGAGUCCGACCGAUUACAACAUCUGCGCGACCGCCGGUACCGAUAGUACGGUGCGGAUAUGGGACGUCAAUGUGGGACGUUCCCAGAAGGAGGUCAUUGUACACAAGUCCAAGGCGUCUGGGGCUGCGGGGAGAAGCAGGAUGACGGCCAUCGCCUGGGGGUCUCCCAAGCAAGGAGGGCCCAAUGUGCUGGUCGCAGCGGCCCUUGAUGGCAGUCUUAUCAUGUGGAGCGGCAAUGGACCCUUUACGAGACCGACUGCUGAGAUCCGAGACGCCCAUACGCGGGAUACAUGGACGAGCGGGAUGGAUAUCAGCGCUGAUGGUAGAUUGGUUGUGACCAAGGGGGGCGAUGAUACUAUCAAGCUCUGGGAUACGAGAAAGUUCAAACAACCCAUCACGACGGUGCAACACACUUCCUCCUCGAGCCACUACCCGACCUCCAACAUCAAAUUCUCGCCUACAUCUGCCAACAUACUCACCGGCUCCGAGACGGGUCAUCUUCAUAUCCUGAACCCGGCGACAUUAAAACCGGAACUCGUCACCCCCAUCACGCCAGGCUCUCCUGUCAUCACCGUCCUGUGGCACGAAAAGUUGAAUCAGAUCCUGACGGGCUCUGCCAACGCGCAGACCCACGUGCUCUACAACCCCAACAUGUCCACCAAGGGCGCUGCCUUGGUCAUGUCCAAGGCUCCCAAGCGCCGGCAUGUCGAUGAUGACCCGAAUCUUACGACCGAUCUCUCGGAGGGAUUCUCAGGCGACUCCAUCGUCAUCGGUCCCAACGGUGUUCCGCAGCCGGCGGCAGCCAGCUGGUCUGCACGACAUCCUACCGUCGGACUUACGGUGUCGGGUCGUUCUCGAGACCCUCGUCGCCCACAUCUGCCGGCGCAGACGCCAUUUGCCAAGUCUACGCCUGAUGAGCGACAUAUUCGUGAGAACAUCCCGCUGAGUUCAAUGCGGGACGAAGAUCCUCGCGAGGCGUUGCUCAAAUACGCCGAGAAGGCGGAGAAGGAACCUAUCUUCACCAAGGCGUGGCAGAUGACCCAACCGAAGCCUAUUUAUGCGGAGAUCAGCGAUGACGAGGAGGGUCCGGAUAAGAAGAAGGUGAAACGAUCAGUAGGCAUGGUGACGUCCGCGCUGCAGCAAGACAGCACGCGCGACCAGUCGCUGCGGCCGACUUUAAGGCUGUGGAGCAUGACCCAAGCCGCCCUGCGCCCGCUAUGGCCUCCCGAAGUUCGAACCGACGCUACCUACGAUCUAGCAAGUAGCAGCGAUCCCAGCGCCUGCUCAUUAGUCGCUUUAGCUGGCAGCCUUAGCGUCUUCGCAAAUUGGAGAGCCGCCGGCGGCUUUUCUCAGCGACAGGCCAGGUUGCGCAAGUCGCUUGCUCGCGGCGUCCGCUCGUGUGGCCUACUACCCCCUCUCCGACUUGCAUUCCGCGCUUUGCACAGUCUCACUUUCAUUACCAGACACGCACGCCUCUAA